AUGGUUUGUUUGAAUAUCAAGAAAAGGCAUUGUUAUGCAAGACAUUUUAAAAACGACAACAAAAGAAUCCGGAAAAAAGUUAUUCUUGAAGUACGAAGGAGAUUAAGAAAUGAUGAUGAACUGAAGUAUGGAAAAUUACUUAGAUUGGUAUUUAGUUUAAGAAGCUCCAUCUUAAGAAGCAGUUUAACUUCAGCUCAUGACAAAAGCUUUACAAAUAGUUUUGUUAUAUCAUCAGAAACUUCCAUAAGCAAGGCGCUUAAAUAUUCAAAAUUUUUUGUAAUCAACAUUGUUGAUUUGACCAUCAAAAGAUUAAUUCAUCAAGUAGAUUCAAAGUUUACUCUGUAG